AUGGGGGUCGACGACCCCACGUGCCCGUUCAUUAAGAACAUGCUGGUGCUAGAUAAUGAGGGGAAGCGUGUGGCGGUGAAGUACUACGGCGACGAGAAGCCGAGCGUCGACGCGCAGUCCGCGUUCGAGACCUCCCUCUUCCAGAAGACCGCCCGCGCGGUCCCGGGCCCGGACAACGACGUCAUGCUCCUCGACCGCGAAGUCAUCUGCUACACGCCGCGCGCCGACCUGUGUUUCUACGUCACCGCGUCCACGGACGAGAACGAGCUCAUCGUCUCGACCGUCCUCUCCACGCUCGUCGAGGCCCUCGACGUCCUCCUGCGCGGAGACGUCGACAAGCGCACCCUGCUGGAGAACCUGGACCUGGUGAUGUUGGUGUUUGAUGAAAUAGUGGACAGCGGGCUGCUCCUGGAGACGGACGCGGGGCAGGUGGCGCAGCGCGUCGCGAUGCGGCAGCACGGGGCCGGGGACGCCGAGGAGGCCGGCCCGGGCGUGCGUCUGGGCCCCGGGGGGGGUCUGCGCGGUAUGAACUUGGCCAACAUCAACGAGCAGACGGUCAAGGACGCGUUCAACAACGUGCGGGAAACCGUGCUGCGGAACCUGCUCAAGUGA